AUGCUCCAGUCUGUGGAGAUUUCGUUGCAGCACGACAAUCGUGUCUUGGCGUUAGAGCAAAGCUCUGGAGUCAUCUCUAGGUACCAAGGACCACCGAUUCUCCUCCCAUUUCAUGAGGCAUGUCGCUUUGGAUCAACAAUACUUCUCGAUUGGAUUUGGAACGAGUGCCCCACCCGGAAAGAUGCCAGAAAAUCUUUCUGGUGUCUCACCAAUUAUCUACGCUCCGAUCCCUAUUACCACCGCUGGCAAUUUGAAAAGUCGCUAGAAGUUGCAGCUUCUCGAGUUGAGAAUGACCAAUUGUUGCAGUGUCUAGAUGAACUUGGAAGUGACGAUUUAAAAUCUGCGAUUAAAUAUGCCCUGGAAAUUGGUGAUACUGAGCUGGCACAAUCUCUCGUUCCAGUUGGUAAAUGCGUACUAGACUAUGCCACUGGCUGUUCGCAUGUGGAAGUGGUCAACUGGUUAUUGGAUUGCGGAUACCUGCGUCUAGACGCUCAACUUGCGGUUUCCGCUAUUGAAAACGUAGCACUUCGAGGCAGUUUGGAGCUUCUGCAGCAGAUUUUUCAGCUUCAUUCUCCGCUUCCUGACAAUCAUGAACAUUGGGCAAAAGCGUGGGGGUACGCAAUACUAGCUGCGUGCACUCGCGGCCACGUUGCUAUCGUCCAGUGGCUGGUAGAACAUCACUUAAGGCGAGAAGCAUGUGAGAAUAUUUCAACAUACGAGCCCCACUCGGCUCCUCUCGCCCUCGUAGCUAAGGAAGGUCAUGUUGCCGUGAUGCAGUAUCUGUUUGAUCAAGGAUUGACUGACGGAUCCUUACUCGCUAUGCAUAAUGCUAUUGAUAAAGGCCAGGUGAGCUCUGUGGAGUGGUUGCUUGGACAUUUUCCGUUUGAUGAAUACAGAAAGACUGGCGAAGCGAUUGACAAAUCCGCAGAGUACGGACACCUAGCGAUGCUUGAGUUUUUCCAUGAAGUGGACUCAACGAUGUCGUACGAAGAUGUAGAGACAAAGCGAAGACGUAUCGAUCCCCCCAUUUCGUGGUGGGUACAUGCGAAAGACCCCAUUUAUUGGGCUGCCAAAUCUGGUCAUAUAGAAAUACUCGAGUGGAUCCAAGCCAAUCGUUCACAGAAAUGCUUGCCUGACAGCAUCGAUAUUGCUGCUAAGUACGGACACCUAGAGGUGACAAAAUGGCUGCAUCAGCACCGAACUGAAGGCUGCACAAAUAUGAUCCUGGUCCAAGCUGCGAAGCUCGGGCAUCUGGAUGUGGUCCAGUGGUUGCAUUUGAAUUUCCCAGAGAAAUGCAGCUCAGAAGCGAUGUACGUUGCAGCAGAAAACGGUCACUCCGCGACGGUGUAGUGGUUGUACUUGAAUUGCCCCAAUUCAC